AUGUAUCGAAACUUUGGGAGUCAUGGAAGAGGCAACCCUCCGUACACCGGGUCCAACUCUGGAUCUCUGGGAAACACCGGCACUCCAACAACGCAGCAGGAGCAGAAAUUCACAAUGGCGGGCAGCAGUCAGUUUGUUCCGAGCCUUAAUGCCAUCACAACAAACCAGGACCUCCAGUGGUUGGUUCAGCCGGCUCUCAUGAACCCUCCAGGCCCUGUACCUCCUUACCCGGCCCUCCUGGGGACACGGCCGGUGGACCCGUCGCCUUCCCAGUCCCAUCUCCUCAGACCAGGGGUGAUCAGAGCAGCUGCAAAUACUCCACCAUCCGCAAGGCACAGGAAUGAAGAACAGUUAUCUCCAGAAGAGCUGGAGAGACGCAGAUUAAGAAGGGAGAGGAACAAACUGGCAGCAGCAAAGUGUCGCAAUCGUCGCCGAGAGCUGACAGACUCGUUACAAAACGAGACUGAUGAUCUGGAGGAUGAGAAGUCACGUUUGCAGAAGGAAAUAGCCGAAUUAGAAAAGGAGAAAGAGAAGCUCGAGCUGGUCCUGGAAGCCCACCGCCCCAUUUGUAAAAUAGAGGACUCGGAUUCAGAUUCUGACCCACAUCUAUCAAUUUCCUCCUUGGGGGCCAUCAAAUUGGAACCGGAGGAAUCCAGCCUGCCUGGACCCUCAACCAGACCACCAGCGAAGAUGCAGAAACCCAAACCGAAGAUAACGAUCCCCACCAGGCCUGUUACAAUGUCCGCUUCUCUGGCUGUCUCUGAAUCUGAGUCGCUCCACACCCCGGUGCUCACCUCUACACCGUCCCUCCUGUCCUUCGCCACAGCUGGAAUGGUUUUCACCUACCCAUCUGCAUCCUCAGACCCCAGCUCCUCCGUCACGCCUCACGGCACAUCCCAUCAGCAGGCUCAGGCCCUGCAGCCUUGUGGGAUUGCUCACCGCCGCAGCAGCAGCAGCGGUGACCAGUCCGAUCACUCCUUGCACUCCCCGACCAUCCUCACGCUGUGA